CACCCUUUCAGCUGCCCCAAUUGAUAGCUUAAUGACCAAUUACAGCAUUGAUAAAUGAAACCUUUACAAAUUCUCAGAUGCCAACCACUGUGCAGCCUCGCACGCAGUUGGUAUGCAAAAAUCGCACACACUUGCGACCAGAAGGACCACUAGACAAUCUAUGUUACAGCUUUUUUUUCGCACUUGCCGUAGUGCACUUUCAGGUCUUGCUCAGCCAGGCCCAGACAAUCAAUUACAUUAGCCCCACUGACCCAACCAACCGCAGCGGCAUGCCCAAAAACCGAGUCAGGCCUUUGAAUGCGGGUCGCUCGAUUCACUCGUGUGGUUUGUCGGCCAUGUAGGCGUGCUCCGGGUUGGGGCAGUUGAAGGUGAAAGGCGUUGCAGUUGUCUUGGGAAAAGCCAAAUAGGCGACCGCAAGGGUAAAUACAAAUUGAAAUGAAAUUUAAUAGUUGGCAGGCGUGUGCAGUUUUGAGGUAAGCUGCUGCUGCAGCUUUGAGGUUAGAUGUUGCAGCUUUGAGGUUAGGGCGCAGUGACAGCUAUUAAGGUUGCCCCAGUGGGGCACCUGGAAAAGCAUGUGCGGUCGGAAGGGAGGCAGAGGCGACAGUCCGAAGUCAACCUGGCGUCAAAUGUCAUUUGUCCAGUGUCAGAUAGAUAGAUUUUGGAAAAUAUUAAAAUAAGACAAAAAAAAACUGAAAAAUCCUGGUCAAAGUGUUUUGCCAAUCGAAGCCAAAGAAGGUGCUAAAUAUUACCGAGGCAGCUGCAAAUUGCCUGCCAUAUUUAGCACAUUUUUUGCGUGGCUUAUUUGCAAAAGAGGAAAACCGCAAGAAUAACGCCGGAAAGCACUUCACAACACAGGUGCUUGGCAGACGCGAGGUAAAACGUUAAAUGGGCUGCUCCUCCAAAUGCGGAACUGGCGGGGGCUGUGGAUCCUGCAUGGGCCCCCGCCGUGGAUCCUGCAAGAGUUCCCGCUGCGGGACCCGCUCUGCAUCCUGCUGCGCCCCGUGCGGACCGUGCAACUCGUGCGGUCCGUGCGGCUCGUGCGGCUCGUGCGGUCCGUGUGGACAAGGCAACUCGUGCGGUCCGUGCGGUCCGUGUGGUCCGUGCGGGCCCUGUGGCGGCGGAGCCUGUGCUCCAUGCGGAUCCUGCUCUCCCUGUAGAUCAUGCUGCUGUGGUCAAACGGCCUGCGGUGUUGUCUCCUAUCACCUCACGAGCGGGCCUUGCGGCCCGGUUUUGCCCAGCAUGGAACGCUGCGGCUGCUGUGAUUGCGGCUGCUGUCCGCCUUUUUAUUUUGUGCCCAACAGUUGCGCCUGCUGCUGGGAAUGGGGCUGCUUUGGGCCAUUCUAUUAGAUCUAGGCUAUUCGGCGUUGCGUUUGGCUUUUUCCAAAAUUUGAACAAACUUUAUGAUAUUUUUGAGCUCAAUAAAUUUGUGUGUGUCAUGC